GAAGAAGUUCUCGUUACUGUGGCAUCGGAAUCGCGUUCGUUAGCGAUCAGUGUAUAAAAAAAAACCAGUUCCAAUGCUACCUACAGAAAAGGCAAAGUUUCACCGUCAGCACGGUCGACGCAAAGUGGUUGUCGUGCGGGCGCAGCACUCGUAGUCGUCGGGUCAUCGCCGUCUUCAACGGGUCAUCAUUGCUACCGGUCCGGUACAGCGUGCUAUUGUAGCAGCUUGAGAUUACAGUGAAACUCAGUUUGUUGUGAUAUUGUAACGCGAAGAAGGCGCAAACGCAAUCCAUCACCGAGGCAGUAUUGAUUGGGCUGCACGAUCGAACGUCCACACGACGAAAGUAAAAGACAGGAAACCAUAGGAACGUAUCUUCUUGGACACGUGCGCAAUGAAUCUGGUAGCAGCACUCACAGUGACGUGUUUGGCGGUGCUGUUAGUCGAACUACCGGCCGCUCAUGGACAGUCUUGCGAAGGAAAAUGUGUUCCCCAGAAAAACUGUCUACGCCAUGUAACAGAUGAAGAGGAUGCAAUACCGGAGGUGGAUUUGCGCAUCGGUCAGGAAGAUUCGGACAUUGUAGGCCAGUGUCCUCACUAUCUUGAUGUGUGUUGUGCCCCGGACGAUCUAAUUGAAGAACCGAUAUCAUUGCACACGACAACGGAGGAAAGUGACAGCUUCCAGUCGUGUGGGCAGCGGAACAGUAACGGUGUUGGUUUUCGUAUCGGUGCAGGAAAGGUGGAAGAAUCCGAGUUUGGUGAAUUCCCAUGGACGCUGCUUGUCCUACAGCUGCAACAGCUGUUCGAUUUCGAGGAGAAGGAGGUGUAUGCAUGUGUCGCCUCACUUCUGGCACCGAAUGUUGCACUGACGGUGGCCCAUUGUGUGGUUAACAAAACAUCUAGCAAUUUGGUAGUUCGGGCCGGUGAAUGGGACACACGGACCGAGUCCGAACUAUUGCCCUAUCAGGAUGCUAAAGUGAAGGAAGUGGUGAUACACGAGCGUUACAACAAGCAGCACCACUUUGACGUGGCUCUGCUCGUGCUGGAAAAACCGUUACAGGCGGCGGAAAACAUACAGACAAUCUGUUUACCACCGCCCGGUGUACGACCGUCUGUUGGUACGGAAUGUUUCACCGGUGGCUGGGGUAAGGAUCAGUUCGGCCAGUCCGGUGUGUAUCAGCAGAUACUGAAGCGAGUAGCGUUACCGAUCGUCGAUUCAGCCCAGUGCCAGCAGUCCCUCCGAAAAACACGGCUCGGAGCGAAUUACAAGCUGCACAGUUCGUUCCUCUGUGCUGGUGGCAAAAAGGAUGCGGACGUAUGUUCCGGCGAUGGUGGUGCCGCCCUAGUAUGCCUUCUGCCAGGUUCGCAGGUCCAGUAUUAUCAGGCGGGUGUAGUGGCUUGGGGUAUUGGAUGCGGCGAUGAGAACAUACCCGGAGUGUAUGCGGACAUGGAAAGCUCACGAUCCUGGAUCGUAAGCAAACUGAACGCGUUGAAGGUCGACCCGACGUACUACACAGCUUCGUAAGCGAACAAAGGCACGCCAUUAAAAGUCUCUUAACUUAUAACCUAUUGCCGUACUAGGAAUAAACUAUGAACGAUUUCCAAAAACAUAA